CACCGCUGAGCGCGGCUGUUGACGACUGAGCGCGGCUGAGCGCCGGUGGUCCUCGGCUGAGCGCCGCUGGUCCUCGGCUUCAGUUCCCCCGCUUUAAGCGCUGCGUGUGGUGGCCGAGCAGCACUGAGCGCGGGUUCCUGUUUCCUGACGGCAGUGAGUGCAGCUCGGGCUGGACCAGUUCAUGGACUCUACAGCGGAAUGGUCACCAGCCCGGGAGCCACGUUUGUUGAAGUGCUUUCCACAAAAUGGCUCCCUCUCCAUGAGCUCUGCAUUUGCCGCUUCGCCAGAUGUGGUGUGAUGCGCCAACAGGCCGCUGGAGCGCUGAUAUUUGAGUCCAGCAGUCCUCUGAGAAGAGUCGUGCUGAUUGGCGACUAGUUGGACCGUCUGCAGUGGCGGAUCGGUCACCCGUCGUGUUGGUUUGGGCUCAUAAGCGCUUUGCGUGCUGCACCACAGAUUGUUGCAUAACCUGUGGCUUUGUGGAGCUGAUCGAUCGAGCCUGCAGAUGUCAAAAGCCCUGUAGGCUAAGAAAGACCACCCUGGCCAGUAUCUCCCAUUGACUUUUUAAGAUCAAGAGCAAAUUCUCCUCUGCAACCAGCAUGUCGAUAAUGGACCACAGCCCCACCACAGGCGUGGUGACAAUCAUUGUGAUCCUCAUUGCCAUCGCUGCUCUUGGGGCACUGAUCUUCGGAUGCUGGUGCUACCUGCGCCUGCAGCGUAUCGGCCAGUCUGAGGAUGAGGAGAGCAUCGUUGGAGAGGGAGAGACCAAGGAGCCGUUCCUUCUGGUGCAGUACUCUGCUCGAGGCCCUCGGGUCGAGCAUAAGACCAAGCUCACCCCUAAUGGCACCGAAAGCCACAGCUAAUUUCUCUCCUUAGAAGCACGUUUUGUGUGAUGAUCCACAGGGAUCAGACCUGCUGGCUUCUACUGUAUGUUAGAGGUUAUGGAACGUUGAGCACUUGCGCUUAAGACGAGGGACUUUAGGUUCUACCACACAAAAACAAAACCAAUGCAUGCGUUUGUCUAGCUGCUUUUAAGUCACCCUUUGAAUUUCUUCCCCCUUUUGUGGUUGUCCGGUGGAACCCUGUUUAAUGUGAAACUAAAGAUUUUCUGCAUUAUGUACACUAGCUGGCCUUUAUUUACCUGUCAAAUAACGGACUGCGUCUUAAGAAGGCACAGGUCAGCCCACUUUCAUGGUGUUUUAGAAGAACUCUAAUUUCAACCAGAGCUGGCUCUGGUGUGAAGUCAUCUCAUGCAAUGGUUCAACUGAGAAAAUGACAAUGUUUGACAUCUUUUAUCUUUUGCUUUGGAGGAAGAAGUGGUGCACAUCUGAAAUGUUCCUUGAUACAGGAGACAGUAAUUGUAUAAUGCAUUAGACAUCUAAAUUAAACCUAUUACGAGUAACUGAAGAUCUGGUGGCUACUCGGGACCCUUUGAUUAUAGAUAGAUCUAAUGCUGAGUCUGUGAAUAGGAUUUGACAUGCAGUCAAAGAGCUUUGUGUGCAGCUCAGAAGUUCAACCUGGUCACACUUCUGGGUUAUUCUCUGCCAUCUGCUUUAUUUGUAACACAGAGACGAGCAUUUUUCACAUAAAGUCAUUAUACAUGCAGCGUUAGUUGCUGUCCUAGUUCUACACUGCUAAGAAGCCGUCAUGAAAGGGAGCCAAUGACCGGGUCCCAGUGUGUAGAGUUACACUGGCAGGAUCCCAGAGGUGUUCAUUAUGGUGGCUGAGCACAUGUCGUUGUGGAAGGUCAGCGUGUAAAUAUUAUUUUUCUAGACCUUUACAUUCAUCACAUUGAAGAUGACAGACAUUGUAGCCUGUUUGUUUUUUUCUUGUUCUUGUCUUUUGAUCAUUUGUACAUGUGAGAAACGAAACGAGAGAAGUGAUUUAUUUUUAUAUGAUAUUCAUGCAGACCGCAUUUGUAGAAUUCAUUGAUCCAUUUUUUGUGUUGAGAUCUGGUGGAAAGGAGACUGAAAAUGCCAUUUUUUGUCAUUGUUGUACUAAUAGAACUACUGUAGCCUGUAGUACCCGUAGACCCAGCAUACUGCCAGGGUAUGCCUUUCUGAGAGUGCCAUUGUAUUUCUGUGAAUUGAAGACUUGUUCACUUAAAUUUCCAUGAGAAGACCCCACUGCGUGGAUCAGAGUACGGCAUGUUAAUGCUGCCUACAUCUUUGUAACCGUGCUGUUUUCAAUCAGGCGAUUAUGUUGCUUUAUGUCACUCUUAACAGAAUUUCUAGUGAUCUGCUGUACUGAAAAAUAAAACCUCUACGUCUUUGUG